CGUCAAAUUCUUUCGACGUGUCAGGGAAAUGCUUAGAUCCAGGAUUCUACUAAAAAAACUUUUGAAUUGUAUAAACACAAUUUUGAUGCAUAUCAAUCCGCUCACGUAUUCUACAAUUUACAAUCUUAAUUAAAGACAUUAACAGAUCCAGAAAGAAGAUGUCGCCAAACCAAGAAUUAAUCUACAAGGCCGGAGAAGCCACCGGUCAAGUUCAGCUGAAGAAGGAAGAGUACUUGAACAAAGUAUCACAUGCAAUGAAUCAGAAUGCUGAUCAUCAUCACACUCACUCACAGUCACACGCAGAACAUGAUCAGAACAAUCCUUCCCUAAUCUCACAGGCCUCUUCUGUCAUUCAACAGACAGGUGGUCAAGUGAAGAAUAUGGCACAAGGAGCAGCCGACGCUGUGAAAAAUACUCUUGGGAUGAGCCCGGCCACCAACAAUCCUAGCAGCCCGGCCGGCAGGACUCACCCGAGCAAUCCUAGCAGCCCGGCCGGCAGGACUCACCCGAGCAAUCCUAGCAGCCCAGCCGGUACGAACCGCCCGAGCAACCCUAGCUCAAGGAAUAUAUAAACGGAAUAAUUGAAGGAACGUUGGCUGACUUCUCAAUAUAAACAAAACUCAUUAAUGUUGUGUUUUAACUUUUUUUAAUGCUUUGUUUGUUCAACUUUCUGAUUUUCUGGCAUUUUUGUUAUGACUUAAUCGUAU